ACAUUUAAUGGAUAAACAUCUCUUAUAUACUAAAGCACAAGUCACAUGACAAAUCAAAUUUUGACAAAUAGAAAAUAGUUUUUUAAAAGAAAAAGUAAUUGAUUGAAAAUAAAUUGACUUUGAUCCCUAAUUUUUAGCAAUUGUGUAUCACAAUAUUUCUUCCACGUUCAAACUCACUUGACACGAUUUCAAACUGUUUUCCUCUUUUAUAUAAUUUAAUCUCAAUUUCUUUUACUUCUUUUUCUAUCUUCUCCAGCAAAACAAGAGAUCUUUUCAUCUCUCUUAAAAGUUCAAUUUCAAUAUCGGGUCUUCAUAUCUUCUUUCUUUUCUUCUGCUUUUUUUCUUUCUUUUUCCUGCACAAUUUUUUAUUUUUAUUUUUAUUCUUCAUCUAGAUUAAUACUUAAAAGUCUAUUAACGACAAGAUUUUAGAUAGAUACAGUAGAAUUUUGGGAAGCAAUUGAUACUGGUACGGUAAUUUUUAAGAGAACUGAUUUUAGAUCCAUAUGGCAUAGCUAACUUAGUUUGUUCUAUCUAUUGAUUCACAGCCUCUGGAAGUCACGGUUUGGAGAGAAAGAAUGGAGCAUACGAAAUAUUAUUCUUGUGAAAAACCUAUAACUACAUUCAAGGCCAGUGAUCUUUUGGUUGAAUCAAAGAGCAUAAGGUUUUGGCAUGACAAAGAAGGUUUUGCAUGUUGUUCAUUCUUUACUAUUUUUCUUUGAUUUGUUGACUUUUUUGUAGCACUUUUGAUGUUUCAUUUUUUUUUUGAAACAACUAAUGUUUCAUUUAUCAAUUUUUGUUUUCAGUAUUCACUACUGCAAUUGAGUUCGAAGCUAAAGCUAUUGCUGAAAUAUCACGAAGCUUGCAGUUAUGAAUCCAAAGGUGAAUUUACUUUACUUAAUUGUUGCUAGACAAUUCUUUUAAUUUAUAAAAGGUAAACUAAAGUUGUAAAUUUUAAUUUUAUAAAUUCAUAACACUGUCAAAAUAAGUAAUAUGGGUUAAUUUUGUUUAGAUGUAUGCUUUUAAAAAAAGAUGAUAGGUAAAUUAACAUUUUUGAUCAAAUUAGGUAAAUUAACAUAAAGUGUCAAUUUUAAAAUAUAAAAAAAUUAGACCUUUCAAAAAACUAUAAAAACUAAGACCUUUCAGAAAACUAUAAAAAUUAAAUAGUAAAUUUAUAAGAUUCAUCAUAUCUAAAUUUACACUAAACUAAAUUAAGUAUUUGUUAUUCUGUACAAAAUUAUCAAAUAUUGUAUUUCAAGUAUAUUUUAUAUUUUGGUAUAUAUUUUAUUUAUUUUUGAUUUUUUUUACAAAACAUGUAUCCAUUUUAUAAUGAUAUAAAAGUUAUUGUUUCAUCCCCUUAACCGUUUUGUUUCAAUGCAUGUAUCUCUAAUAUUAUGUGCUACUAUUCAUAUAGUAUUUAAAACAAUAUUCACUCUUAUUGAAAAUUAUGACUAUCAAAUAAUUUUUUUAAAAGUGAAUUGACCUGUGCGUAGCACAGGUGGUAAUACUAGUUAGAAUAUAAUCUGAGUGCUAACUACUUGUAUGUUUCUAAGAUCGUACAUUGUUGUUGGUAACACUUCUUUUUUCAACUUUUUGUUCCGUUAAUUAAGGCACAAAGCAACCACAUGGUGAAAUCAAAAGCCCAAUACAAACCAACCCUUUCGAAAACCCAUCACCUCUUCACAAUCUUCUUCAGUUUCUGAAUGCAAGUGUUUCCUACAUUACGCAGAGAUACAGGAAACACUUAAAAUAUUUUUAUUCUGUAUUUCUUCGGAUAAAAAUUUGUAGAUAUAUUAUUGUUCAAUUUUUUAUAUAACUAUUAUAAAUGUUGGAAAACCGGAAAAUGCCAAUUUUUUAUUAGCUUAAUAAAGUUUUUAACUAAAAUCCAUACAUAAACCGAUAAAAGCGUUAUAACUAAUAACUCAACUUGAAAAAAUGAAGAUAUUAAGUACAUGGAGUAUUUAAUAUCUUCACUUUUUCAAACUCACUUUAAUUCGCAAUCAACCCAUUUUUAUUAUGAAACAAAUUAAAUAAAUAUUAUAAACAAACUUAGUCUACUACUGAACAGAUUAAAUAAACUGAUUAUUCCAUUUUGACUCUCAUUAAUUCAUAAUUAUAUUUAUGUAAAUAUAAUAUUAGAUUAUAAAAAGAUAAAAUAACAUAUAUUAUCAAUGUAUAAAAUAUCAUAAAAAAAUUAAAUAUCUUAUAGCAAUGUAGAAAAGUUAAACUUACAUUAACAAAACUCUAUAAUUAUUAUUCUAUUAAAUUAAAUUAUCACAAAAUUAAUUUUUUAAAGUAUAUUUCUGAGCUAACCGCCAACCAGAUCAUUAAGUCUUCUCUUUUCUUUGGCAAAAAGUUUGAAAUAUUUCCAAUUUUCUUUUUGCCUCUUCUCCACGUUACUUGAUAUCUAAGUAUAAAAGUUAUCAUGAGAAAAGAGAAGAAGAGAGUUUUACGUUCCUUCCCAGUUACAAGCUACAAGGAUCAUGAACCAACUCGUAUCUUCACCAUCCUUCGGCCAAGCCGCCGUUAGGUCCCUCAACUACAUCCGUCCACUCUGCGCAGCUCUACCUCUAAUAUCAGCAGGACUCAACGCCGCCUCCAAGCCCGCCACCACCACCGUCCGCAAGUUCAGCAGCUCUCCCGUGCCUAAUAUCAACAGGCUUAAGCCUCCCGCUGCUCCUAUGACGCAACUAUCCUCCGCCGCGAGCGCCUUCGUCCGUAACUUCAGCAGCAACUCAUCUGCUAGUGCUGUUCUCGACAGAUUCCAAAUCACGCCCCAGACUAACUGGGGAGUCCGAAUCGUGCCGGAGAGGAAGGCGUGCGUGGUCGAGCGGUUCGGCAAAUACGUCAAGACUCUGGGGUCGGGGAUUCACUUCCUUGUCCCCGGUGUGGAUCGCAUCGCUUAUGUUCAUUCUCUCAAGGAGGAAGCCAUUCCGAUUGGUAAUCAGUCUGCCAUCACAAAGGAUAACGUCAGCAUCAACAUCGAUGGUGUUCUAUACGUCAAGAUAGUGGACCCUAAACUAGCUUCUUAUGGUGUUGAGAAUCCAGUUUACGCUGUUGUCCAGUUGGCUCAGACUACAAUGCGUAGUGAGCUCGGUAAGAUUACACUUGACAAGACCUUUGAGGAACGAGAUACUCUCAAUGAGAAAAUUGUGGAAGCUAUCAAUGUUGCUGCAAAACAUUGGGGUCUUGAGUGCCUUCGUUAUGAGAUAAAGGAUAUUAUGCCUCCUAAUGGAGUGAAGGUUGCUAUGGAAAUGCAAGCUGAAGCUGAACGUAGAAAGAGAGCCCAGAUUCUUGAGUCUGAAGGAACACGUCAAGCCCAUAUCAACAUAGCUGAUGGUAAGAAAAGUUCUGUAAUCUUGGAAUCAGAAGCUGCAAAGAUGGACCAAGUCAAUCGAGCAUCAGGUGAAGCAGAAGCAAUAUUAGCUAGAGCACAAGCCACAGCCAGGGGUCUGACCAUGUUAUCUCAGUCCAUCAAAGAAACUGGUGGAGUGGAGGCUGCGAGUUUGAGAGUUGCGGAGAAAUACAUUGAAGCUUUUGGCAACAUCGCUAAGGAGGGUACAACAAUGUUGCUUCCGAGUUCUGCUGAAAAUCCUGCAAACAUGAUCGCUCAAGCUUUGACAAUGUACAAAAGUCUCGUCCCCAAGAGUGCUCUCCAAGAAACUUUAGCAGUGGAAUCCUCUGACGUGGUUACCUGAGCUACACAUUUCACUAGAAGCCAUGGUAGCUGAACUAGGAACUAUAAUUAUUUUUUGACCUGUGAGAGACAGUUAUCAACUUAUCUAUACCUUAGUGUCAUUUUUUUCGCAAACAAGAAAACAUAUAUAAACCCUAACCUCCUAAGGGGUUUUCACCAGAUUUAGUUGGCUUUUUUCUUGUUGUCUUUAAUUUUUAUUUUAGUAUCAAACUCUUCUUCUGUUUUUUUUUUGGUUGCUAUCGUCCUUUAAGUUUCAAGGACGAUCUCUAAUUAUAAAAACAAUCAGAACCAAAUCAAUUAAGUUUAGAGAAAUGAAACUCUUUGUCCUCAGCGAGAACAGGCACCUUCUUGGCCGCACUCGGAUUCUGACGGUCAGUGAUCGGCAAUCAAUUUCCCUUGAACACUCUAAAGCUCAAAUCGGAACAGUCACGCAAUGAAAACAGAGCACAUACGUUAACGAGUGUUUAUAAGAACGUUAUUACAAAUCCUCAAGUUUCUUUCUUAAGAUUAAUUUUUAUUUAGUAAUAUGGCAAUCCAGGAACUAAGCGACCGUAACAAUCUCAAUUGUCGAUAUUGUUUGAAAAUAAGUUAAACUUGUGAUAAAUUAUAUUUUAUAAGAACGGUAGGACACCCAGUUUAUUAAUGGAGUUCGGCCAAUUUGCUUACAUCAAAACAUACAUCAGAUGUUUUAUUAUUAAUAGAGAAAAUUACAACAAUUUCAACUCACCUUAUAGUGAUAUUUAUAAGUUAUGAAGUUGUGGGAGCCAUCAAAUACUAGUUGUAUGAGCGCAAAGAGCCUCCUUCAAAAUAACGGUAAUAUAGAGCGAUGAAAUGUUCAAUACAUUACAACGUAAACCUAUCAUUGAGUCGUAAGGUUACAAAAUACCUUUUGAGGUGAAUUUUAAGACAAUCUAAAUCGGCCUAAAGUUGAAAACGUUAUCAGUUAAUUCUUCUAUAAGAAACCACAGCUAGCGCGCUUGAAAGAGACACUACCGGAGCACAACACGAUUACCUGUCAAGCCAAACAUAUUUCCCAAGAAAAUACUCAUAAUUUCCAACUGUAAAAGAUCCAGUCCUUGACGCAAAAAAAACAUACCAGUCAAAAAGUAGACUUAUCGAGAAUCACUAUAUAAAA